CAGUUUUUUCCUCUUCCCAACAGCAAGAUCAGGUUGAUGGUCAAUAGGGUCAUCGAAUACAACCAAGAAAUGACUGUGCUCCUGAAAGAACUCGCAGAUAAUGUCACAGAGGAGAAGAAACAACAGAUAGAUGACUUGACAAGACGAGCCGUAGAUGGUGCAUCCGAGGCAGCAUCGUCGUUGAGAAAGCAUGAUCCCCCUGGUCUGCAAGGAAGAGAUGGGGAGGACAAGGUUUCCGCUGAUAUCGGCUCUAGCGAGGAGCUGGAUAUUGUAGACGAGGACUUGCUUCGAGACGAGGAUUCCCGAGCUGCUGGAUUCGUUGGCAAAAGCUCGGAGCUCCAAUGGCUUCGACGCCUGAGACAAGACGUAGAGCAUCAUGAAGCCGUUCCCUCGAGAGGAUCUGGUCCCUAUGGGCCCCCUGGCGCUGAUACAGAAGCUUCUUCACGGCGCCUCGAAGCCCUACGACAGCGUCAACGCUCAGAUUCGAAUACCCACGUACCGCUUAGUUCCUCAACCUUCUAUUUAGACGACCAGGGCGUAGGGGUCGAUUAUGCCGUACACCCUUUCGAGUUGCCACCGAUGGAUGUCGCCCAGAAUCUGAUCGAAGGCUAUAUGGACACCGUGCAGGAUUCUUUUCCGAUACUUUCGCGGAGCCGUUUCAUGGCGACUUUCCACGAGGUAUACGCCUCUAUGGAGCAUGGAGCACCGCAUCUAGUGCCGGACAAAUGGUUGGCAGUGUUGAAUCUAGUGUUUGCAAUCGGAGCGCAGUAUUCGCAUCUGGUGGAAGAAUCCUGGCACCUGCAUGGCUUUGAUCAUAUCAGCUGCGUUUCUCGCGCGCACAUUUUAGGCUUGAGCACGCCUGAUCUGAUCUCACACCAGGACCUUAUGCAGGUGCAGAUUACGGCACUGCUUGCCCUCUACUUCCUGAUAACGGGUCGCGUCAACAGAGCGUGGGUCGUCAUCGGCAUCUCUGUCCGAUAUGCUCAUGCGUUAGGACUACACGUUCGCAAUGAAGAUCGAAGCACCACCAUAUCGCAGAAAGAAAAUUUGGUAAGGAUCUGGUGGGCUCUCUACACGCUUGAAGGGACUUUGAGCACCAUUGUCGGUCGUCCAAGUUCCGCGAUCGAGGACUCUUGCUCAGCGCCUUUGCCGCUACCAGUUGCGGUGGAACGCAUGUCUGACGACACGUUGAUCUCCCAGAUAUAUGCACAAUAUCAAGGGUGGACCAUUCACCAGGCACCAACAGUAGCCACUCCAGAGCCUUCAAAUGCAGGUUCUUACUUGAAGUGCAGAGCCCAGGUCGGUGCAAUAACGCAGCAAGCCGUGGCAGACUUGUACUCUGCUAGAGCAAUCGAAAUGUCGUGGAAAAAAAUGCAGCAAAAGAUUUCCGGUCUACGCGACCAACUCGAAAGAUGGCUGGCCUCGCUCCCAUCUGGCUUUGAUUUCACACAACCGAAAGCACACGCUACUUUUCAACACGAGCGCCUGGUCCUCAACAUGCAAUACAUCGAAACGAAAAUUCUGAUCACGCGCCCUUGCCUGUGCAGACUGGACGACCGUAUCAAGAACCAGACAGAGGCUUCCGACAGAUUCAACAAAGACACAGCAAAGAUCUGCGUCCGCGCAGCAGAGGCAAUGGCGGACCUUUUACCAGCCAAUAUUGACGUGCCAUACCUUUAUCGAACCGGUCCCUGGUGGUCUUUAGUUCACAACCUCAUGCAAGCACUCACCGUCUUACUACUCGAGGCGUCUUUUGGUAUGGUCCACGUUUCUUGCAGCGACGACGAGAUCUUAUCACGUAUCAAGAUACUUGUUCGUUGGUUGAGCGCAAUGAAAGUAAAUAACGGAAUGGCUGAUCGUGGCUAUUCUUUGGCUUCUGAAAUAUUGCGAAAGCUGGCACCCCGCAUCAAUGCGAACGCUUCCCAUCUUCUGGGCGAGGACAUCAACCACACUGGGGAUCCUGCAGCGUACUAUACUGAGGCACAAACAUCGUUUGGGGGGCACCAUCGAGAACAUCCAUUCCUGGCUGAUUUUAACUUGCAAUCGGGGGCAGCAAGCAAUCAACCGACUGCAUUGGGCGGACCUCAAGCAGAUUACAUGUCCAUGUUCACAUAUCCAGUAGCAUCUACUUGUUAUGAAGAGAUAUUGCCAGGGUGCGCGGGUGGCAGCGAGACAGAUCAUCUUAAUGCAUUUCAAAACGGACCACAGCUGGGCGAUCCGAUCAUGGCUCAGUAUGAGGAGCUGAGUUCCUUCUUCCCUGCUGGGGAUACUGCUCGUACGUCUCCAUCUUGA